GACGUCGCUCGCCUCGGGGAUCCGCUAGCGCGGGAUGGACGCUUCCUGGCGCCAGGUAGCCGGUGGCCGCGGCCGAGGUCGAGGGCGCGCGGCCGCCGCGGCCCCUUCGUCGGGAAAUGGAGUCCCUCUCCGCGGCGCGGGCGGAGCGCGAGACAAGGGCUCGGGGGGCGACCCCGCCGCCGCCGCCGCCGCCGCCGCCGCCGCCGCCGCGACUGCAGGUAGCUCUCAUUCAUUUUUGGGGGCUGAGGCUCUCCCUACGGUUCACGUGGCUGCCACAGAGCUAAUGUCUCAGAGAAAAUUUGAAGAAAUCAAGAAGGCUAAUCAAGAAGCAGCCAAAAAACUUGUUGAAGAACAGUUUAGCUCUUCAUCUGAAGAAGAAGGAGAUGAAGAUUUUGAAGGAAAACGGGGAAAGAUAGUUGCUAAUACUUUUACAACUUACACUACUCAGACAGAUGGAGAUACCCGUGAAUUAGAGCGAACAAAGCAGUAUGUAAAUGAAGCUUUUCAAACAGGAGCUAUGACAUGCUUAAUUUGUAUUGCUUCAGUGAAGAGAAACCAAGCAGUUUGGAGCUGUUCAGGAUGUUUCUGUAUAUUUCAUAUGCCUUGUAUUCAGAAAUGGGCUAAAGACAGCCAAUUUUUGGUAUCUUCUCUGACGGAUGACGAUUUUGGAAAGAAAGAUUAUCCCUGGCCUUGUCCAAAAUGUAGGUUUGAAUAUAAGAAAUCUGACACUCCUACAAGGUAUUUCUGCUAUUGUGGAAAGGUAGAAGACCCACCAUUAGAUCCAUGGCUUGUGCCGCAUUCGUGUGGCCAAGUAUGUGAGAGAGAAUUUAAACCUCCUUGUGGUCAUAAGUGUUUACUCCUUUGUCAUCCAGGUCCCUGCCCUCCUUGUCCAAAGAUGGUCACAAUUACUUGUUACUGUAAGAAAGCAAAACCUAUUCCCCGUCGGUGCAGUGCCAAGGAAUGGUCUUGCCAACUGCCAUGUGGGCAGAAGUUGCUCUGUGGACAACAUAAAUGUGAAAAUCCUUGUCAUGCAGGAACUUGUCAGCCCUGUCCAAGAGUUAGUAAGCAAAGAUGCGUCUGUGGCAAACAAGUAGCUGAAAGAAGCUGUGCCAGUCCACUGUGGCACUGUGAGCAAAUAUGUGGAAAAACUCUGACGUGUGGUAAUCAUACAUGUGAGCAGGUUUGCCAUAUUGGUGCCUGUGGAGACUGUCCUCGAUCUGGGAAAAGAUUUUGUCCAUGUCAGAAGUCAAAGUUUUCUUUGCCUUGUACCGAAGAUGUACCAACUUGUGGAGAUAGUUGUGACAAAGUGCUUGAAUGUGGAAUCCACAGAUGUUCACAGCGUUGUCACCGAGGUCCUUGUGAAACAUGUAGACAAGAAGUGGAAAAGCAGUGUCGCUGUGGGAAGCACACAAAGCGAAUGCCAUGUCAUAAACCUUACCUGUGUGAAACCAAGUGUGUGAAGAUGCGUGACUGCCAGAAGCAUCAGUGUAGGAGAAAGUGUUGUCCUGGGAACUGUCCACCUUGUGAUCAAAAUUGUGGACGGACUUUAGGAUGUAGAAACCAUAAGUGUCCAUCUGUUUGCCACAGAGGCAGUUGCUAUCCUUGCCCAGAAACCGUUGAUGUGAAGUGUAAUUGUGGUAAGACAAAAGUGACCGUACCCUGUGGCCGAGAACGCACCACAAGACCACCCAAGUGCAAAGAGCAGUGCAGUCAACCUUCAACUUGCCAUCAUGCAAGUCAAGAAAAACAUCGCUGUCACUUUGGCCCUUGUCCACCUUGUCAUCAGUCUUGCCAAAAAGUUUUGGAGAAAUGUGGUCAUUUAUGUCCUGCUCCUUGUCAUGACCAAGCUCUAAUAAAGCAAACUGGCAAGCACCAGCCUACAGUUCCUUGGGAACAGCCCUCUGAGCCAGCGUUUAUUCAGACUGCUUUGCCUUGUCCUCCAUGUCAAGUUCCUAUUCCUAUGGAAUGUCUUGGAAAACAUGAGGUGAGCCCUCUUCCAUGCUAUGCAGUAGGACCUUACUCUUGUAAGAGAGUCUGUGGACGAAUCUUAAAUUGUCAGAAUCAUACAUGUAUGAAAGAAUGCCAUAAAGUAACUGAAAUUGAUGCCUGCAAGAACAAAAACAAGUCUGGCCCAGAAUGCCUUCAGUGUGAAGAAGGGUGCUCUAAGUCACGGCCGCCAGGUUGUCCUCAUCCAUGUGUUUUACCAUGUCACCCUGGAGAAUGUCCUCCUUGUGUUCAGAUGCUUAGAAUAAAAUGUCAUUGCAAGAUCACAAAUUUAUAUGUGGAAUGUAGAAAAAUAACCACAGCUGAUGUUAAUGAAAAGAAUUUCCUUAUUUGUUGCAAAAAUCAGUGUCCUAAAGAGCUUCCUUGUGGUCAUAGAUGCAAGGAGAUGUGCCAUCCUGGUGAAUGUCCCUUUAAUUGCAACCAGAAGGUAAAACUUAGAUGUCCUUGUAAAAGAAUUAAAAAGGAAUUACAGUGUAACAAAGUACGUGAAAAUCAGAUUUCAAUAGAGUGUGACGAAACAUGCAAGGAAAUGAAACGGAAAGCAUCUGAGAUAAAAGAGGCAGAAGCCAAAGCUGUUCUUGAAGAGGAAAAACGAAGACAACAGGCUGAACUGGAGGCUUUUGAAAAUAGACUGAAGGGUCGUCGGAAGAAGAACAGGAAGAGAGAUGAAGUGACAGUUGAAGUAACACUAUGGCAAAAAUACAGAUACUAUCUCCUUUCAGUAUGUGCAGUUGUGGUAGUGGUGUUUGCAUGGUACAUAGCUGUUGCUGAGAAUUAAACAUUUUUAUCUGCUACUGUAUACCUCAGAUUGGAUUUUGAUAAAUUGUUAAAUUUAAAAUAUUAGAAAAUGUAUAUUAUAGAACAUGGUACAUAUUCACAUUAAUUUCUGUGUUCUCUUCCAGAUGUUGUUAGAAAUACAAAAUGUUAAGCUUUAUUCUAAUUAGUAUACUAGAAAUGGCAAACUGUCUUUGUUUAAUAGUUGGAGUUUAUAAUAGUUUAUGAAUGAAAUCAUAAAAUAUUUUGUAAAUUAGUGACAGAAUAACAUGUUAACUGUUCAUUGUUCUUCCUUGUAUUAAUAACAUUGCUGUUCCGUGUAAUAUUUUAAACCACCUUUUUUGAGGGGAAAGUAAAAUUAAGAUGAAACUGAGCCAUAUAUGCACUAAGGAAUAUUUCACAAUGUUUUGAUUACUUAUUAAAAGGUACUUUCUUGAUCAUGUAACUUUGUACUUUUUUAGAAAACAAUUCUCUUUUGAGAAAUCUCAAGUUAUCAUACGGAGUUAUAUAAUUAGAUUCUUCAAGUUGGCUUAUUAGUGAAGAUUUUUUUAUUAGUUCUUAAAUAGUUUUUAUCUAGUAUGUUCUCAAAGGAAAAAUGAUUGCUGGGGGGAAAAAUGCCAGGCUAGAUAACUUAUAUAUGGCUAUUUCUCAUAUAAGAAUCUUUAAACUGAAGUUAGCAUGUUUUAUAAAACUUGUACGUGUCUUUUCAAAGUAAUAAUAAAAGAAAAACUAACAUUUUUAAGCAGUAUGUGCUGAGCACAGAGCUCAUGAGCUUUAUGUACAUUAUUUUUAUUUCUAACUACCAUGAUCCUCUAAGUAGAUUUCAACCAAAAGUAGUUCUUAUAAAAACAGACUGAUAAGAGAAAUAAUUGUAUGCCAAAUCUGUUUGAAUUGUAAGUUAUGUUUCUUUCAUUUAAAUUUUUGUAUGAUUAAUGUUUUCAUUAAAAAUUUUUAUAACA